AUACACACACUUAAUAUAACUUAGUGAUAUGUCAUUUAAACGAUAGUUUCCUUGCAAAAAAUUUAGAAUUAUCACUAAAUUAGUCAAGAUAUGAAUCGCGCCAACAGUGAAGUUUGAAUAAGUUGUCUAUGGUUGUCUGCAGUACAUCAACAAUCCUGUGGAUAUUUUGAAAGCCGCCAAUCACAACAUAACAGGUGCACUGAAAUUGAUUGCGUGAUGUCACGAAGAUCUCAGAAAGACAGCGAAAUUGAAGCAGGUGUGAAGAUGAGGAUGACAUGUUUAAAUGCCGGGGAAGAACUAAAGUACGGUGGUUCUGAUACCGAGAUAGCUCAGAUUUUACACAACGCCUGUGUGACGCACAAGAAAAAUAAAGCAACGAGAGAGGCUUGUAAUGUUGUUACUUUUAUUAACACAAGAUCGAUUGGUGUAUAUGACAUUAUCACUGGCGAGUUAUUAUUCUCAUUUCGUUUGAUCGAUGUGAGGGAUAUAACUAAAGGUCUAGGUCGUCAUUCUAAGAUCUCAGUUCUUGUUGCAAGAGAAUACAACGAAGCAUCAUUUAAGGCUUACGUUUUUUACAGCAAGAAGACACCUGCGUGUUUUUAUAAUGUCAUUAGGAGAGCGUUUCAGCGGAGCUCUGAAACAUUCAAAUAUUUAAAUUGUAAGAACACCGCCGAAGAGUCCUGGUGGCAAUUGAACGGCAGUCACCCAUAUACGACACCCCGUCGAGAAAAUAUUUUUACUAAGAACAGCAUUGUUGGAGCAGUAUACAAUAAUCUUGGGCUGUUUUGUGAAUCUACAGAUAUUUCAAACUCGGAAGACGAAGAAUUUGAAGCGAAGUCAGAGCAAACAUGCUUAAUACAUUCAAGUUUGGUCAUCCACGUUUAGACUUGAGUUUGGGGCAGUUAUUGAUUGACAGUCUAUUUCAAUUAUAAAGGGAGUUCAGAUACUUAUGCCCAACUCUGAAGUCUGGAGCCUCAGCCACUGCUACGUUAGUGACUUCACACACUGUUUUAAGGUCUCCUCACCCAGUCACACGAUCAACUAAGGACAGUGCUCAAUCAAAGAAAGAUUGCAUUCCAUACAAUAGAACUUUAUCCGAUUUGGAAUAUGAACAGUUCGACGUCUAAAACGGGCCUCGAUUAGAGAUAAAAAAGAGAAUAUACUAUUAUUGUUAUAAAAAUAAGAGAAUAUACUAUUAAGACAUAAUGAUUCUACUGAUUCUAUAUUAUCAAAACUUGAAUAAA